AUGAUGUUUGCUGCUCUAGUAUUCGUUUUACUUCUUUUCGUACCACAAUCGAUCAUUGGUGAACCAGAAUUCGAAACAAUUCCAUUACGCUUCGAUGCAAUUAUCCAACGAUUGCGCGAUUUUUAUCAGCAUUAUCCAGAUGUUGCCAACGAUCUGAGUACUACUUGUGAACGAGAUUUGGAAAUAUUAAAAACUGCUGCAUUUCAACGUCAAUUAUGGGCAAUGAAAGUGUUCGAUGCUUGGGGCAAACCACUACCAUCGGGUCUAUUGAACGGAAAUAUGUAUUGGAUAGGUAAUUAUGAUGAAUGUAUUAAUCCACUCUAUCAAAUAAACAAUAAAUCUUUUGUUCGACAACCAAUUGACACUCAAUAUUGUGCCCUCCAAUCCAGUCCCAUUAACCCACAAUUUGUGAUGGGAUUUAGUUUGGUACUUGGCCUUUGUCUGCCAGCAUCUUGUACUCGUCAAUCAAUUGUCACACUCAUACGUGAGAUAUUCAAAGUGCAUAAUUUGACUAAAGAUUAUUUACAGUGUUCAAAUGAUCGUUCCAAUGAACAGAAUGGUCUUUCGUCUGGUACUAUUGCCUUUAGUAUCGUUCUAUCAUUCUUGGCUCUACUUGUGCUGAUUGGAACAAUCACUGAUCUUGCUAUUCAUAUAUAUAUCAAGUGGAACGAGAAUGAAAAGUUACCUAUUAACGGAUAUGAAGAUUUAUCGGAUGAAAUUUCAAAUAAUAUUGGAUCGAUUCUUGGUCUUCUUCUCUAUUAUCCAAGUAUGGGCACAAGUAUUUUUGAUAUGUCAAGCAAUGCGACGGGUCCAAAUUUCUUCGAGAAAAUCUACGUAACACCGUGGUGUCGUAUUUCACCCUAUGCUAUUGGACUUUUCACCGGAUUUCUUGUUGUCAAUACGGAUCGUACCUAUCGUUUGAAUAGUUACGUUCGACUCAUUGGAAAUCUUUUUGCUAUUGUACUUGCCUUGGCUUAAAAAAUAUUUGGUAUUAAUGAACGUAAUUUUAUUGAAUUGAAAAUCAUUAAUGUUACAAUUGUAAUUAAUAUAAUCACCAGUGCAGAUAAAAUAAUUCCAAUAAUAAAUAAACGAAAUUUUUAUCGUACUUCAUUAGAAUUUUUUUCACAUUUAUUAUGA